AUGGGAAAGGGCCGGCACACGAUCAAGGUCAACAAGAGGGGCAGGAAGGGGCAGGGCGGCCGCCACAACAAGAAGCGAAAGACGGAUGAAGCCGGCUGGGAUAUCGAAGAGGGCAAAGGCAAGAGAGGAAAUUGGGCGCCCUCGGAACGCAAGAACGAUUUGUUCGUGGAGUACUACAGGAACACCUUUGGCUUCUCCGAUGCUGAAUGGACUGAGUUCAGCGAGUCCCUUACGCGCGAUCUGCCCACCACGUUCCGCAUCACGGCCCAUUCCUACUUCGCGGCAGCGCUACGUGAGAAAUUGACCACCUACUUCCAACCAAAGCUGCACAACGUCGAUGUGGGUUCCGAACUCCUGCCCAACAUCAUGCAAUUCGAGCCUCUCUCCUGGUACCCCAACGGCAACGGUUGGUAUGUGCGCACUCCUCGUCGUGCACUCAAGAAGGUCGACGCCCUGACCCAGUUCAACCAGUUCCUGGUGAAUGAAACUGAAGUGGGUCACACGUCGCGUCAAGAGGCCGUGAGCAUGAUCCCGCCUAUCUUCCUCAAGGUCGAGAACCAUCACAAGGUUCUCGACAUGUGUGCCGCGCCCGGUUCCAAGACGACGCAGCUCAUCGAGUACCUUCACCAAGGACUCGAGCACGGCCAGAUCCCCUGUACCAUACCAUACCGCCUUUAUCGCUUUGAAUGCUACUCGGAGCUCCGGCCUGGCAUGGUGGUGGCGAACGACGUGGACGAGCAGCGAUGCUACAUGCUGGUGCACCAGGUGAAGCGCAUCGGCAGCCCGUGCGUGAUGAUGGCCAACUACGCCGCGCAGCUGUUCCCCGCGAUCCGCCCCAAGCUGGACGACGGCAGCCGUAGCGAGGUGACCUUCUUCGAUCGCAUCCUGGCCGACGUUCCGUGCAGCGGCGAUGGCACCCUGCGCAAGAACUUUGAUCUCUGGGGCAAGUGGCACCCCGGUCUGGGCACGGCCCUGCACAUGCUCCAGCUCAGGAUCGCCACCCGCGCCGCUCGCCUUCUCAAGAUCGGUGGUCGCAUGGUGUACUCGACGUGCUCCUUCAACCCGGUCGAAGACGAGGCGGUGGUGGCCGAGCUCAUCAGGCGCGGCCAGGGCGCGCUCGAGGUGGUCGACAUGUCAGACGAGCUGCCCGGCCUCAAGCGCAGCCCCGGCAUCACCAGCUGGAAGGUCUACGACCUGGUGCACAAGGACCGGGACACCAAGGAGAAGGAGUACAAGUGGUACACGGCCCACUCGGAGCUGCCCGAGAGGCGCCAGGGCUCCAUCCCGGCCACGUGCUUCCCUCCGACCGCCGACGAGGUCGAGGCCCUUCACCUGGAACGAUGCGUGCGCGUGUUCCCGCACCAGCAGGACACUGGCGGUUUCUUCAUCACGGUGGGCGAGAUGCCCCCCGUCCCCGACGAAGAGGAGGUUUUUAAGAAGAAGCACAAGAGGAAGGCCGCCAACGCCACCGGCGCAGCUGCCGCCACCACCACCACCGAGGAGGCUGCCAACGCCGAAGAAAAGGGCAAGGAGAAGGAGGCGGAGACCAAGGCCGACGACGCUGCCGGCAUGGAGCUCGAGAAGCAGGAGAAGCGAGGAAGAAGAGGAGGAAGAAGACGACGAUGA